AACUGCCCCUUCAUGGCGAGCUCGUAUGCGUCUCUGAACUUCGACGGCCCGUUGCGCGUCGAUGCCAACCACGCCACGAACCCGCAGUACGCGCCCAACAGCUUUGUGGACAAGUGCCGUCCGGACGCCGCCGAGGCUCCCUAAAAGGUUGGCGACAACACCUGUCGCGCAGGUCGCAUUUAUUUCACGAAGGCCCCCCUCACCGAGUACGACCAGCCCAGAGACCUGUGCGAGAACGUCAUGAGCGACAGGGAGCGCGAGCAUCUGCACUCCAACACGGCUGUCAUGUUGUCCCACGUCAGUGAGCCAAUCAUCCAGAUCAAGUAUUUGGUGCAGCUGUACAAGAUCAAGCCAACCUACGCGCAGGCCGCGUACGAGGGGGCUCACGGAGAAGAAGUUCGAGUCCGCCGAAGUCGAGAAAACGGCCGACGGCAUCGAAAAGGCAGGACACUACGACAAAGUUCAGGCCCACUCAGGUCUCGGAGAGGUUGGUGGGGUUGCCUGCGACGGGCGUGUAUAACGCC